ACAGGCGCACUGAGCGCCCAACUGCCAUUUUGUGGCAGAAGCUAGUCUGCUAAAGCGGGAGAGGGAUUAAAACAAACUGGGAAGAACACUGCAUUUUUUACUAGCCGCUCAAACUUUGUAGCACAGACUCUGUGCUUUCCGUCGAGUUAAACGGGAGGAGAAACACACUAAAAUAGGUAUCAAGUAAGGUAGCUGCUUGGUGCUUCAGUUCCUACCUGACAUGGACGGUGGGCCUUCAGAGGGUGUAGGGGUCGUGGAGGUCCCCACUAAAGACUUCCCAUCCAUCCAGGCUGUUCACAGCCAGGACGCCAUGGUAGCUGACCUCCUUCAGCAAGCAGCAGAGGCCGGAGGUGUGGUUGAGGGACAAGGAGGAAUUGUCUUGGAACAAGGUCAUGGGGAAGGAAUGGUAGCAGCCGCCCAGUCCCAGCAGCAGCUGAUGGAAGCUGGAGUGGAGGUUGGUGUGGAAGGAGGAGCAGGAGUUGAAAUGAUGGUUAUGGACUCACUGGAUCCCACUCUGUUACAGAUGAAGACUGAGGUGAUUGAUGCUGCAGUGGGGGGGUCAUCUGCUACUGUGGGUGUAGUUGGAGGAGUAGCAGGUGCUGCACAUCAAGCUACUGUGACGACAGUGGACCAGACACAAAUCAUCACCUUACAGGUGGUAAACAUGGAGGAACAAGCAGCUUUGGGCCUUGGAGAGCUCCAACUGGUUCAGGUCCCUGUUUCUGCCACCACUGUUGAGGCCCUGCAGCAAGGCACCUUUGUAGACACAACUGCAAUGCCAAAGGAUGGAGACCCAGUUAUCUGCCACACCCUGCCACUGCCUGAGGGCUUUCAGGUAGUGAAGGUUGGUGCUAAUGGAGAGGUGGAGACCGUCGAGCAGGAGGAGGAGGGAGCAGUAGCUCACCCUGAAGAAGAGGAAGAUGAAGAGGUGGGGAACCAGUUACUGGAAGAAGGGGAAGAUGAGCCCAUUCAGCCUCAAAAUGACGACACAAACUGGGCUAAAGACCCAGACUAUCAGCCCCCAUCUGGAAUCAUUAAGAAAACAAAAAAGGGUAAAAAGAGUCGUCUGCGAUACGCUGAAGGAGACAAAGAUAUGGAUGUCAGUGUCUAUGACUUUGAAGAGGAACAGCAGGAGGGCCUUCUGUCUGAGGUCAAUGCUGAGAAAGUGGUUGGCAACAUGAAACCACCCAAACCAACAAAGAUCAAGAAGAAAGGAGUAAAGAAGACGUUUCAGUGUGAGCUGUGUAGCUACACCUGCCCUCGACGCUCCAACCUGGAUAGGCACAUGAAGAGCCACACCGACGAAAGACCUCACAAAUGUCACUUGUGUGGAAGAGCCUUCAGGACAGUGACCCUGCUAAGAAACCAUCUCAACACACACACAGGAACUCGUCCACAUAAGUGCACAGACUGUGAUAUGGCUUUUGUGACAAGUGGAGAGCUGGUUCGUCAUCGUCGAUACAAACACACGCACGAGAAACCCUUCAAAUGCUCGAUGUGUGACUAUGCCAGUGUUGAGGUGAGCAAACUUAAGCGUCACAUCCGUUCCCACACUGGCGAGCGUCCAUUCCAGUGCAGUCUUUGCAGCUACGCUAGCAGAGACACAUAUAAGCUAAAGAGACACAUGAGGACACACUCAGGAGAGAAACCUUAUGAGUGCUAUAUCUGCCAUGCCCGAUUCACCCAGAGCGGCACAAUGAAGAUGCACAUUUUGCAGAAACACACUGAGAAUGUGGCCAAGUUCCACUGUCCACACUGUGACACUGUCAUUGCACGCAAGAGUGACUUAGGUGUCCAUCUUCGCAAACAGCACUCCUUCAUUGAGACUGGAAAGAAGUGUCGUUACUGUGAUGCCGUUUUUCAUGAGCGAUAUGCUCUGAUCCAGCAUCAGAAGUCUCAUAAGAAUGAAAAGAGGUUCAAAUGCGACAUGUGUGACUACUGUUGUCGCCAGGAGCGACACAUGGUAAUGCAUCGUCGAACCCACACUGGAGAGAAGCCGUAUGCCUGCAGUCAAUGUGAAAAGACCUUCAGACAGAAGCAGCUCCUAGACAUGCACUUCAAACGCUACCAUGACCCCAACUUUGUCCCCACCGCCUUUGUCUGCCCCAAGUGUAGCAAGACGUUCACUCGCAGAAACACCAUGGCUCGCCACGCUGAAAACUGCAGCGGUGAGAUGGACGAUGCUGAGAAUGGAGCUCCAACCCCAAAGAAAGGAAGGAGAGGAAGAAAGAGGAAGAUGAGGAGCCGACGAGAUGAUGAUGAUAGUGAGGAGGACAACGUUGAACAGGACAUGGAUGAGGAAGGCGAGGGUGAAGAAGAUGCAUCACUGCUACAGGAAGAAGAGGAGCCAGAAAGUAUGGAACUGGACCAGGCCCCCGCUGCCAUUCCACUACCAGCUCCUGAUGAGCCACCAGUCAAGAGAAAACGAGGCCGACCCCCGAAAAAUGCCCCUAAGCCUCCAACACCAAGCAAGUCAGUCAGAGUGGCUGCCAAAACAACUGCUUCUGCUGCUGCCAUCAUUCAGGUGGAGGAUGAAAGCACCGGAGCAGUGGAGAACAUCAUAGUGAAGAAGGAGGAGGGUGAUGCCUCUGCAGCAACUCCUCUGGAACAGGGAGUGGCCCUGACUGUGGAGGGGGUGGGGCUAGAUGAUGAAGGGGUGGAGACUGUUGAGCUGGCUGUGAAUGAUGAAACUGCAGCAGCGACUGCUAAUGGAGAUCUCACACCAGAGAUGAUCCUCAGCAUGAUGGACCGGUGAACACAACACACAGCAUCACACAUGUAGCUGGACUAAGACUAAAAUUUGCAAAUACACAUUAAUAUUUCCACAUACUUGGCCUUCACCUGAUGUUCAGUCUGUUUGUGUGUGUGUGUGUGUGUGCGUGCGCGCGCGUGUGUGUAUAGUGGUGGCCAUUUUGCCUCAACCGAAAUGGCUUCAAAAACGGUGACAGCAUUAACAACCAUGCACAAAGAGUUGAAGCUGCAUGUAGAUACUUACAAACACACAUAAGUAGAUGCUUAUCUUCACACUCAUGGACAUCAGCCUGCAAACUGAUGUUUGUGAGUCUCACACACACGCAACAUACAAGAUCCUGCAGCACAUGCUUGUGUCAUCCGUCUCAUCAUAAUCAGAUAUCAUCCAAGACUGCUCUCUGCUCUUAAAUAUGUAUUUUUUUUUCAGUCUGAAUGUCUUCUGAAUGAGUGUUUCGCUGUAUGUUCCUACCCAAAGCCACAUCCUGUGUCAGUCUCCACCCACACACAUUUGGCCGGAAACGUUUUUUCUCCCUGUUGCCCGACCUUAUGAAGACAUUUUUAAUUUAACUUGGAGUCACUUUGAUUUUUUAUGCUGGCCUGCUAGCUGUUCUUGUAAUUAUGCCCGUUCUUGGCCCGUGUAAAUUCAUGGUCCACUUGGUUAUGUUUUUAUUCAGUUUGUGCGUUAAGCCUUUCAAGAGAAGAUAAGAUAAGGUAACCCUUUAUUCCUCCCACAGUGGGGAAUCUGCUUUUAUAUGACGUCGUCGCCGGAGGAUUUCUUUAUACAUAGGGAUGCAUUCAAAGCACUCAAAGUCAGUAUUGUCAGUCAGCUCUCUAGUUCAGCUGUGUGACAUCCAAACCGCCAGCACCCAUCCUUGUUCUGAACUGAAACUAGCCUUGGUUCAGUUCAUGUAAAUGAAAUGGUUAAAUGAGCUGCUAAUGUGUUUUCCAGCACCAACAUAUGUUGAGCUGCAAUUAUACUUUGACUUUUUCCUGUUGUCUCUCACUUAUCACUGAUGAAAUAUGUUUGGGAUUCCUCCUCUUCCGAUUCCACGUUUUAAAAGACAAAGUAGUCGGUAUACAUCACAUAAGUGAAAGGUCCCUAAUGAUUGGAGAAAAUAAAUCCUCCUGAUUGGAAAAGGUGUUACUGUAGUUGUGAUUUUUGAACAUUCCAAAUGCGUCAGUAUGGAAUUAUGACUAUGCACGUGUAUCAUUUCACUGAGUUUUGUCAGGUAAAACACCUACUUUAUAUUUUCCUUUAAAUAUGUUUCCGUCAACAGUCAUCAAAGACCAGAUUGUGAAUCAAGUGUGCCACUCAAACACCCCCUAUACAAUUUAUCAGUAAUUGCAGACUGUGGCAGGUGGGUUGCAUGUAAAUACACGUUUUAAUCCCUUGGCUUUUUGGUUUUAUGUGAGCCUUUUUAAUGUUUUUGAAUAGAUGAUUUGGAGAGAUUUCUGUUAAAAGAUUCAAUGUUUGAAUUUCUUUGUUAAAUAUAGUGGUGCCGGUCUUGGUACACAAUGUCCUGAGCCUGUAGUUGGUUCGUAAAGCAACAUCCUCGUGCAUUCCUUCCACAGAUCAGUCAUACCCAACCCAACAAAUUGAAGCGAAUGCAUUUUUAACCACUGUCCUUUUCUGUUGUUGAUAGACAUAGUCUGCUUUGAUGCUGUCUUACUGUUUUUAUUUCUGGGGUUUGGUAGUUCCUACGGCGUUUGUAUGCGGUUGAAUGAGUUCAGUGUCUCCUUCUAGGUGUUAGGCUAGUUCACCUAAAAAGGAACAAGAGGUUUUUGAGUGUCUGUUGGGCAGCCGUCUUAAAACAUUUUUCUCUUUUGACGAAUUUUCUCAUCAUUUUGAAAGCAUUUGGGGUUUUGGAAGCUUUGUGUUUUGUUUAAUACUUAAUAGGGUUUUUCCAUUAGCUCAGCUUGGUUCCUGUUAGUCGUGCUCUGCUGAGCAAUGAUACGAUUGCAUGCAUUUCCAUCCGGCCUCACAGCAGUGUGUAGCUGCACCGCUGUGAGGCCGGAUGAGAAAUGGGCUGAACAUGGCCAGCCUGUGUCGUUCUCCUCCCCUCUCUGAGUAUAAGCUACUUUUAAGAGUCUCUCUGUGUUCUGCUCUAAAAGUUUAGAGUUUUACCUGAGUAUCUGUGUUCUGGAGUUGACUUUUGCUCCUGUGUCCUUGUGUGUACUUUCACAUAUCCGCCUUAUUUUACUGUUUAUUGACGGCUUUUGGCCAUUUGAAAGCUGUGUGAAACUACUGCUAAUGCGAACUGAACAUGUGCUUUACUCUAAAAAUGUUCCACUGGUGAAGUUACAGGAAAUGCACUGCAAAUGUUACAGAGUUGGCAGAGCUUCAUUUGUGCUUCCACUAAGCUGCACUACCUGUCUGUGCAGUGUAUUGGAAAGGUGCUCGCACCAGCCGGGGUGACUGGACUGAGCCUGAGCCGUACAAGGUUUAGGGCAGCUGAACGCACCACAGUGGAAAAACCCUAUUAAGCAACCUCUGGACUGAGGCCUUGCUAGUUGCAGUUUGAUAAGACCUGAGCUUUCAGUCAUUGUCUGUCUGCACCCUAACCUAGGCCGUAUUCCAGGAGUCUUUAUGGUCCUAAUCUCAACCAAUGUUUGAGUGUUUUGAAGAUGUUAAUAGACUAGGGUUUCAAGUUCUGAAGGGAGCUGACUUCUCAGUGACCGUUAAAUCACAGGUUAUGACAACUGUAACCUUGCUUUUAUUGCAGCAAGACCUAUUACUACUAGAUGGAACCACCAAUUCUGUAAUAUAACAGUGGUUAGACGCCCAGUGUUGUAAAACCAAUCAGUUCUGUGACUGUACAGCUGUGGUCUGAGAACUCCUUCUGUAAAACAAGAAAACUGUUCAUUAUCAGUCUACCAUGUUAUUGUUCUGCAGACGGCUGGUUGGAAGACGGAUGUUUGACUAUUCUAAUAGCAACAGCAUUGUUUUUACUUCUGCAUAUUGCCUGUUUGUUUGGAAGAAGAAUUGAAGGAAAUGGUUUAAGAUCGUUUUGAGCACAUCCCUGUUUUAAGACCAAGAAAACAGAAGAAACCAUUGCCACGUCAUUUUUGGAAGGUGACACUGUACAGCUGAUGGAAAAAUAAAAUCAUCUUAAUGUA